AUGGAUGAUCAGCAGCGUGAAAGGGUGCGCGAGCUGUUAGCCCAAACCCCGGCGCAACGUCCACCGGAUUGGGUGAAUCCGCUGGAGAAGAUCGAGCAAUUGCUGACAUGUCCAAUCUGUCUCGAUCGAUACAAACAACCAAAACUCCUGCCCUGCCAGCAUACAUUCUGCCAUCCAUGCCUGGAGAGUUGCGCCGAUACCCUUCACCGACAGCUGAAAUGCCCGGAAUGUCGUGCCGAACACAAUAUCCCCUAUGAUGGUGUCAAGGCUUUUCAGCCCAAUUACACCCUUACCGGCUUCUUGGACGUUCAUCUGGCUGCCACUCCUGAAUCUGCAGCUCAAGUCGAAGAAUAUGUGCAUAGGUACAAUUUGGAGCGAUGUCGGGUGUGCGAUGAGAAGGCUGAAUGUGAGAUAUGUCCGCAUUGCGAAAAGCGGUCUUGUGAAGAGUGCCGAAAGACGCAUAUGGACAUGUUGAAGCGGGAUAUGGGACGAUUGGUGAUGCAGGUUAAACGACUCUCAAAUCGGGUAACUGAAGCCUCGGACGGACUGUCAAAAGGGAUCGAAUUGCUUUCGUUGAAUUGCGAGACAACGAAGCAGGAAAUCCAGGAAUAUUUUCACAGGCACGUGCGAGAAUUGAAGAAGCGGGAGGACGCAUUUGUAGCUGAAGUGGAGACUUUUCAAAGUACGGAAACUCGGUUGAUGGCUGCAUUACGUGAUGUUCUCGAGAUUGAGAGCAGCAAUAUGAGUGAAGCGGUUGCCAGGCUAGAGGCUGCAUUAAAGGGAGAAUACGACAUGGAUGACAACGAGAUUGUUCGGUUUAAAAACAUUUUUACCGAGGGUCUGGAGUACUUGAGGAAUUUUUCGCCAGACGCCGACGAGCUAUUCUGCAAGAAACUUCGGUUUACUGUAGAAGAUGCUGCACGACUUCCGGGUGCUAUUCAAACAUUUGGAGAGAUUACUGUAAUGUAUCCGGGGAGCACUGGGAGAUACGAUAAACUGGAGGCAUCUUACGUUCCGAAGAUGAUUUCUGCAAAAGUUGGGUUGGAGAGUGAUCACUACAGAAUUCGAAGUAACGAAGAGCGAAAUGCAGCUGUGGACAUUGGCCGUAACCGUUUCCGGGAGGCCGAUAGUCUACCAGAACAUUCUCUACGAUACCGUAGACGUCAACAAAUCGAAGAAGAAGCCUGGAAUCGAGUGAGGGGAAUUGAAGGAGACAAGGAAAGAAGUGUACCCGGGAAAUCAAUCUGGUCGAGGCCACCUGACGAAAAGAAAGAGAAACCCCAAUACCUAUCACACAUUAUCCAGAUGCUCAAGAAGAGGAAGAUGGAAAGAAUAUCGGAGGAGCAACAGCUGGCGCUCAAUAUCGAUCGAGAACGAGAUCAACAAAUGGGAGGAGUACAACAAGUGAGGCAAGAGGAUGGAGAUCAAGGGGAGGAAGACCGAAGACUAUUUUCGGAAGAAAAGGAGGUGGAGAAGGAGAAU